AUGUUGUACCUGUGUGGUUCCACAAUGUUAUUGAUGUGGGUAUUUGUCAUGAGUAUGUUUGAUUCCUUUUUAGGGGAGAAUAGUUGCCUCCGUGCAUACUCUCCUGGGGAUAUCAUCAUUGGAGGACUUUUCCCUAUUCACUUAAAAACCAACAGGACUGAAACUCCAGGACCUGUCUCCUGUAGUGACUAUGAUUUACAAAUGUUCCUGCGCAGUCAAGUGAUGAUCUAUGCCAUCCGAGAAAUAAGCCUACCUGAUAUCACCAUAGGCUACGACAUCUAUGACACUUGUGGAGAUGUCAGCCUCGCCAUAAUGGCGACUCUCGAGCUGCUGAAGAACCAGUCAGACCCACAAAGCUGUUUACUGCCAGCAGAACCCCAAACAAAAGUGGUGAUCGGGGAAACUUCUUCAGAAGUAUCGAUAGCUGUUGCACGAAUUGUUGCUCUGUCAUCAGUUGCCCAGAUUAGUUAUGCAUCGACCAGUGAGUUGUUAAGCAGGAAGUUCAAGUUCCCCGCUUUUCUGCGAACAGUGCCUAGUGAUGAAUAUCAGACAAAGGGUAUUGUUGAGCUGGUGAAGACAUUUCAUUGGCAAACAGUGUUCAUUGUCGGAAGUGAUGAUGAAUAUGGGAAGUACGGCAGUGACGGCCUUGUGAACACCUUUAGUGAAACAAACGUCUGCGUUGAAGCUGUUCACAUCUUGUCUGCUGAUUUUAUGAAAAACAAUUCCCAGACCCAAAGGAAGCUGAAUGAACUACUGGGAGACAUCAAAAAUUCCUCCGCUGAAGCCAUCAUCCUCUUCACGAAGGGCUCCAAUGUUAAAAUCAUCCUGGGAGCAGCUAUUAAAGACAAAGUCAACAGAACUUGGAUUGCAAGUGAUUCAUGGUCCAACUCUCCAACAAUCUCUGCAAUGCCAGGAAUUGAGCAUAUUGGGCAAGUUUUCGGGUUCAUCUUCAAGCAGAGUGAGGUGCCUGGCUUUAAAGACUAUGUCAUGUCGAUGUUUAAUGGAACUAAAAAUGAUAUUCUCAACUAUCACCUGACACAGCAUCCACUUUGUUCAAAUCAGUCUGAAGAGAAAAGAGCUAAUGCUUCCUUACCAACAAGGAAUCAACUGGGGUCCAAGCAGUGUCUGGACCCAAACUUAUUGGCUACUUACAUUGACAAGGAUCAGUCUUAUAGUAUCUAUUUAGCUGUUCAAGUCAUUGCUGAGGGUCUCAGAUGUUUGCUGAAGUGUGACAACCAUCAGUGUGAACGUAGCUCCAACUUCACACCCUCAGAGCUUCUCUCAGAAAUCCAGAAAGUAAACUUUUCUGUGGGCACCACACGUAUUUUCUUUAAUAGUGAUGGAGAUCCCAAUUUGGGAUACAAUAUCGUAUAUUGGAAUAUGUCUGAAUUCCAUCAGCGUGCACAGAUACACCGUGUUGGAGAAUACCACCCAGAUGGAGAAAUUGAAGUCCAAGUACAUCAUUUCAGACACCUGAUAAAUCAGACGGGCUCUGUUUACAACUGCUCAAAAACGUGUGAUCCAGGGCAAGAACUAAAAAUGGAAACAAAAAAGUGUUGCCCGGUUUGUGUUCCAUGUGCAAGUGGAGAGUUUUCCCCUGGAAACGGUUCAACAUGCAAGCACUGUGGUGAAAAGCGGUACUCACUUGAUAAACAGAGGAAUGAGUGUUUAAACAAGAGAGAUGAAUUUCUCCAAUGGUCAGAUCCCUUCUCGAUCAUCCUCUGUUCUCUGGCAGCCGUUGGGAUCAUUCUUACUGUUGUGUUUACUGUCCUGUUUGCAGUCUAUCUUAGAACUCCCAUCGUGAAGGCAGUUGGAGGUUAUUUGUGUUUUCUGGAGCUUUUUUCCUUGUUGGCCGCCUUCUGCCUUAUAUUCACCUUCAUUGGCAAACCUACUAAGAGCUCAGACUGUAUGGGUCUGCCUCUCUUUGGUAUAGCCUUUACCCUCUGUAUUGCUUGCAUUCUGGCUAACUUAUUUCAGAUCUUGGUGGGUUUCAACUUUGACCUUCAGAGAGGGUCUUGUAUAAAGAAGCUGAAUAAGCCACUGCUGUUGGUGACCAUCAUCUCUGGGGUCCAGUUAGCCUUGUCUGUGUCAUGGCUGAUCAAAGAACCACCAACUCCUAAAGAGAACACUGACUUUUCAGACAAAACCACCCUGCACCAGUGUGAGUUUGAGUCCCUUCACCACUUUUUAGCCAUGUUAGCCUACAACGGUUUCUUGGGUCUUAUUUGUUUCGUGUUUGCAUUCAAAGGCAAACAGUUGCCAGAUUUGUAUAAAAAUGCUUCUUUAAUCACCAUCGGCAUGCUGAUGUUUAUAGUCAUUUGGAUCAUCUUCCUCCCUAUUUAUCUGACGUUGACAGGGAUGUACAAACCAGCAGUAGAAGCUGCAGCCAUCCUCACUUCCUGCUUCAGCAUCCUUGGCUGUCACUUGGCCCCCAAGUGUUACAUUAUGUUGUUCAGGAAAGAGCUUAAUCAUCAGAACGCUAUUACUGAGUACAUCAGGAAGCAUUAUGAGCGGAAGGGCAUAUCUGUGGUGCAGUCGUAGUCUCACCUAAACUCUCUGUGAGUGCUAUAAAUAACACUGAUCUGCAACAAAAUUUACCUGCUUUUGAUGAAAUUAUACCCACUGGGUCUUUCUGGCAAUUUAAUAUGUGGUUUGGCCAUAGACUGUAUAUAAAAGAUGAAUGCAGCCACUGGGACAUCACCCAUUGGUUACUGAAGUCCUGCUGUGAAACCUCAAGCUGAGCGUUUUCAUUGUUGUCAUUUUAGCUUUUAUUAUCGCAAUGGCUUCACUUUUCCAACUUGGAAUUUUGUAUAUUUAGCCUGUGAAAUUUUACCACACAAAGAAAAAGUUGAAUAUUUUCUAAGCUAACCACAUCUCAGCUGCAGCCCACCUUCACCAGAAAGUGAAUAAAUGUUUAACUCUUCUUUUGUCUAUCAUCUUUCUGUGGAAUCAUAUAACAUGCAGAAUUUCCCUCACCAAAAGUGGAGCACCGACUUCUUGAGCUGUGUAAUUGUACUAUUAACUGCACGGCAACCCAUAUUAUUUGUCAUGCAAAUAAUGCUCCAGAACGCACAAACAUGAUCCAAAGGUCCGCUUUAGUGCUUCUAAUUAGCUGAGGUGACGCAUCAGUCAAAGAGGCUACACCUCCAACAAUGCAAACUAUUGCCUGUUUGCAUCCAGCUUUUCAAUUGCUGCCAUCUUGUGGCCACAGUUGACUUGAAGCAGGUUUGACUCCCAGCCGCUUGAAUCUGUAACUUAAGUUGUUUUAAUGGCCAUUUGUGUCCCAUUAACAGCAGCUUGAGCUCACCAAGCUGAGAAGGAAGCAGCUUUCUCAGGUUCUCUGCACAUGUGCAUUGUGGAUAAACCGCUGGUCUUUGACAGGAAACCGCCUUGCUACACAAGCUCCUGCUGGCUCUGCUUUCCCUGCUCUGAGAUCAGUUACCACACACACGGCAUGCAUAAUAUUGUAAAUACUCAUAUAGGUACCAGGUCAUUUAUCAGUUCCAGUCACUGGGGACACUAAUAUAGUAGCAGUAGCACAGUAACACUGAUGAUAGAUGUUUGGCCUAAUUUGGCAAAGUUGUUGUUGUAACUUAUAACUGGGGAAAACU